AUGAUCAUUACUGCAUUUGUGGACAUUGAUGAAAGAAUUGAAAUGAAAAAAUAUCCCGAACUACGAAUUGUUGAUCUUCUUGAGUUAGUUGAACUUAUCAAAAACAAACAUAUAAGUUCUAAUUUUAGCCAAACAACUCCAAAUGUUUCCACACUUCAUUUUUCUGUCGAUUGGAUUAUAAAAGAUCAACUUUCUCCACAAAAAUAUAUAAAUGACAGUCAGUUAAAGGAAGAAAUGAUUUUCCGAAAAUUCACAAAUUCAUCUACAAAAACUGAUACCUAUAUACAACCAAAAUGUAUAAUUCGAUCAGAAAAAAUUGCAUUAAUGUCAAUUCAUCAUCCACCAGCAGUUUAUGAUGAAUCAAAAAUAUCCAUUGUAAAUUAUCGAAUUGCGGCUAUUCGACAUUAUCGAAACACUUUUCACAAACUUUUUCAUGAACAAGUCCCAAGAAUGAUGAAAUAUGGUCCAUAUAUUAAAACUUCUAUUGCACCAUGGAUUUCUAGAAACUUGACGCGAAAUAUUUUGAAACGGAUAAAGUAUUUAUAUGAUAUUGAGAUUCCUUCAAUUGAUGCACAAGAAAAUUAUUAUUCGAUGGAAGGAAGUAAAAAAGCUUUAGAAAAAAUAAAAACAUGA